CUCACACACCCUUUCACACCGAGGCAGAGAGGUGGAAUGACAGAGGCAAAGCCGAACCGGUUCUUUGAGCUAGUGAAGAGACUGUGAGGCUCGCAUCAAGAUGUCUAAUAGUCACAUGUUCUCAAAAAUUUCUUUAGGACAAAGUCUUUCCUGACUCUCUUGGGUCUAAAUCAGGAAUUACUUUAAUAAGGUCUGAUUUCAACCUUGCAGUUCAGACAUCUGAAAUCUCAAAUUUCAGAGGUCUUUGGGAAUCAUAUCUGGAGGUUGUGUAGAAAAUGAACCAUCAUCUGCCCAGGUCAAGUGCACACAUGCUUAUGUUGGGAUUCCUGUUCACCUGCAUUACAAUGAUGUGGUACUCUUUUUCAGUGCCAGCAUUCCAAAUCAACACACCAAGUUUUCCAGUGACAGCGCCAUGUGCAAAUAAAACCCCAACAAGGCAAAAGAAGUCUUCCUUCUCUAAAAGUGAGCACUGUGUGCCAAAAGUGAACAUAAUGUUCCUGAAGACCCACAAAGCAGCAAGCAGCACUGUUCUAAAUAUAAUUCUGCGCUAUGGAGAGAAGAACGGGUUGAAGUUCGCUCUCCCCAACGGUCGAAAUGAUUUCUCGUACCCUGAUACAUUCAGCCGCAUACAUGUGAAGGAUUACAAGCCAGGUGCAUGCUUUAAUAUCAUCUGCAACCACAUGCGUUUCAAUGCUCCUGAGGUCGAAGCUCUUCUACCUAGCGACACAUUCUUUUUCACCAUCCUCCGAGACCCAGCUCUGGUUUUCGAGUCCUCGUUCCAUUACUACAAAAGCGUCAUACCCUUGACAUGGAGGAUCCAUAGUGAGGAUAAACUGUUGGAUUUUCUGAAUGAACCACAGCUCCACUUUAACUCAAAUGGCUUCAACUCCUUUUACCUAAAGAACAUUCAUUUUUUCGACUUAGGCUUUGACAACACACUGGAACCAGAGGAUCCGUUAGUGGACAGAACCAUUCGUGCCAUUGCAGAGCGCUUCCAACUCGUCAUGAUUGCUGAACAUUUUGAGGAGUCCCUCAUUCUGCUCAAGGAUGCUCUCUGCUGGCAGAUGGAUGACUUGCUGUUCUUCAAUAUGAACACCCGCAGGCCUACAAGUGUGUCCCAGCUUACACCUGAGCUGAGGGCCAAGGCGCGUGAGUGGAACGGAGUUGACUGGAAGCUUUACCGUUACUUCAACGCCACGCUCUGGGCCAAAAUAAACGCCUACGGCAGGAAGCGCAUGGAGCAGGAGGUGCAAAAAUUGCGCCAGAAGAACAGCAAGAUGGCAGCCCUCUGCAUUAGUGGUGGGAUGGCUGUGGAGGAUCAGGACAUAAGGGACCUAAGCAUGAGGCCCUGGCAGCCUGUUGGAGAGAGCUCUAUUUUAGGAUACAACAUGAAGAGCAACAUCGAGCAACCAUUCAGGGAUAUCUGCCGAAAAAUGCUAACACCUGAAAUUCAGUAUUUAACAGACCUGGGUGUAAAUCUGUGGAAAACCAGAUUGUGGGGCUGGUUCAAAGAUAUUUUCACACUAUGAUUUAAAGAAAUAGUUCCAUUCUAUGUCUGAUCUCAUGAUUCUGAAAAGAAUGGAACAAUUUGGAAUAAUUAAAUAGGUUGAACACGUUUUCUGACAACUGUGACAAAGAAAUGGCAGCCUAUGCAGUAAAUUAGCAUGUUUAAUAUUCUUGAUAUUUUUUAAGAGAGUAAAAACAGAAGGCAAAAUGAAUCUGAUCCAUGCAAGGUACAUUUUUCUUUCCCCUUGUGUUUUGACUGCUGAUUAGUUUGCCACUUUCUCUGACGAGAUCUCAUUUAUUAAUCUGUUCUCCACUCAUUUCUUCCUACCGGUUUCUUCCACUUUCUAUACAUGCUUCUUUUCUCCAGCAUUCCUACUAACUGCCUGCAAAAGCUCAUCAUUUCUACAAAUGGAUCUGGCAAGAACUCGUUACUUUCAUCACUAAUAUCUAGCCAUUUAUUGACAAAUGAGGCUUAAACUGACUCUGAAAAUUCAGACAUCUUCAUUUAUCUGUUUUCUAUUUGAAAUUUUUGAAUAUACUGUAUAUUCUCAGCUCAAAAGAUCUCCAAAAUCGAGUCUUUACCCAGUCUGAUCUCACCAUUGAGAAGCUUCAUGCCACUCGAUCAGCCAAACUUUUAGUUCUCAUCCUUCUUAACAGAUCAGCAGCCUUCAACAUGGUCAAUAACAAGAUUCUUAAGUCCAUCUGAGCCUUGGAAUCAGUUGCACAGUAUGGCAAGGGUAUGGCAAUAGUAUGGCAGUCACAGUGGGACUGUUAUAUCAAUUAUUAUGAAGAAGACACUUUGUGGUGUCCCACAAAGCUCAGUUCUCGGACCCCUAGAAUUCUCCCUCUACGCCUGUACUACUGCUGAGGUUUUAUCCUCAUGUGAUUUUAAUACCACUGCUAUAUCGAUGCUGAUCCUCUUCUUUUUCCAAGUAGGACAUUAUUUAGCUUCCCUAAAGAUUCAGAUACACCCCUACUCAGAUCAUACCAUCUGACAACACAGGUCAUUCCACAACAGAAGGAUCUCCACAGAAGCCACUCAAAAUCUUAGUUCAUUGUCUGUCUUCACAAAAAGACACAACCUACCUCUUCAUUAAGAACAUUCUUUAGCACUAAUGGAAAAAAAAAACUUGACUUGUACUGUUUUUGUUGUGCUAACUACUCAGGGCCACUGGAGCAGAGCACAACCUUUUGAUCAGCAGCCCAGGGCUCUAACCAUGGCUGGUGGUUGCCCCAGAAGAUUUAGCACUAAUACUUAAAAAAAAAUCUUUUGUACUGUUUUUUUUUGCUGUAUAGACUUGUUUUGCUAACUUCUCUGGGGCUGUUAUGGUUCAGCAUUUAGGACCGUAAUGAUAUGUGUGACAAUAAAGGCUUUGUAUCCUA